UUUCAUUCUGUCAUCAGAGUGUGUAAGCGAUGCUAUCGCUUGAAUUUAAAAUUGUUUUAAUAACAAUUUGAUGUACCUCUUUAUACCUGUGUAGAACACAACUGUGUGUAAACUAUUCGCAAAUCCAUUGACUUUGGGCUAGAAAUUAAGCCUUUGAUUCAGAUGGCACGGAUUAUUCUUGUUGUAUCUCUCGUGUUUUUGACUUAUCUUCAAGUGGCAUCUACAAGUAGUAGUGGCGAAAAAUGUGUGCAACACUCCGAAUGCCCAGAGAAAAUGGCGUGCGAGAGCGAAAGCUUUCAGUGCGUGGAUCCAUGUCUCGCACUGAUCGCACAUAAUAAGUGUGGCACCGCCGCUACUUGUAUUGUCGAUGAGCAUGUGGCCAAAUGCCGUUGCGAUCCAGGAACUGUGGGUGAUCCCUACAAGAGCUGCAGCUCCUCAGUAUAUGACGUACUUUUACAAGGAGGAGUAGGCUAGGUUUACAGUAAUAAAAGAGCAAAUGAGUGACGAUAAAAA